AUGAGCGAUGCUGCAUCCGGCGGCUCGCAGUUUUCGCGAUGCUCAUGCCCGCCUCCCUCAAACUUACGAUGCGUCGAUGGUGGCGAUAUCCGGCUUUGCGGCCGGUGUAACGCCCCGCCCUCCCCGCAACUUCGAUGCCCUCGCGCUGCCGCUCGCGCCGCGUGUCGUCGUCGUCGCGCGCCGUCUGCGCGCCACCCGCAGCAGCAUGUCCUGCACCGCCUCCAGCACGAUGCGCGCCACGCCCGCGCUGUCUGCCACUGUGUCGGACAGGUCCGCGAUCCGGCACUGCGAGGCGCGCCCCCCUGCCUCAGAUCGUUCUCCACCAGCAGCUCCGCCUCCGGCAGCGGCAGGCGGCUGAUCCGAUCUUCUCGGCCACCACCACCUCGCCCGGCUGCAGGUCCGCCACCAUGCGCAGGAGCUCCGGUCAGUCGGGCCGCGCGCCGACGCCUUCUCCCGGUACACCGCCGCGACGUAGAAGCUGGCCGCCCUGGCGCCGGCCACGAUGUUCUCCUGCCGCGUCAGGGUCUGAUCGUCCGUGCUAACCCGCAGGUAGACGCGCGCUACCUUCCUCCGCUGCCUGCCACCUACUCAUCACUCCUGCCCGGCGUUCUUGGGGUAUACCCGGCGACCACCACUGCGGGCAACCGGCUCCGAAUAGCAAACGCCGAUCCUGUCGAGCCCUAG